ACUUUGAAACGUCAUCAGCAGCGACGGGACCGCGAAAGGCUGACACGCGAGGCGCCGCUGUUUUCGCGAGCCAUGAGACGGGCGUACCGGGAGCUGCAGGGGCUCUUUGCGGCGUACAAGCCGGCUGGCGUACAUUGGAAACGAGUUCGAGACACGAUUGAGACGCGGCUCAUACAGGAUCUCCGAAGCUUAGAUCGACCAUCCCAGCCAGAGCGGGUCCGAUUCCUGCUGGGUUCGGGUGAAGGACAGGACCCCUCUGAACUGACCCUGACGGCCACCAACGUGCCUGUGCUGGCUGAACACCCGCUGGUGAAAGGCCCCCCAUUUCCACACUUGAAGGUAGGAGUGGGCGCUCACUUGGAUUUGCCUUCUUCAGGAGUUCUCAUACUGGGAGUGGGAAGUGGAAAUCAACUGCUGCAGAGGCUGAAGAGCCAGCAUCUGUCAAAGGAGUACAUCGUCCAAGGAGUGUUUGGAAAAGCAACGGACGACUUCUCGGACACGGGCAGGCUGGUGGAGAAGACAACAUUUGAUCAUGUCACUCUGUGCAGCCUUGAAAAGGUCAUCGCCAUGAUUGGUGGAACUCAUCAGAAAGCUCUGUUGAUGUAUGCCGGGAUCGAUCUGCACAGCCAGGAGGCCUACGAGCAGGCAGUAGCCGGUUUACUGCGCCCCUCACACAAGACCACCCCCCUCAUCACUGGCAUCCGCUGCGUGCACUUUGACCCUCCUCAUUUCACUUUGGAGGUCCAGAGCCUGAACGAGACGCAGCAGUACCUGCGCAAGCUGGUGCACGAGAUCGGCCUGGAACUUCGCUCCUCGGCGGUGUGCGUUCAGGUGCGGCGCACCUGCGAUGGCCCUUUCACACAGCAGGAUGCGCUCCUCCAUUCGCAUUGGGAUUUGGACAAAGUGCGGGCAGCGGUGGCAGAGGCCGGACCCCGAGUGUGGGCUGCUCUACACCAUGGCAGAGACGUACAGUCAGGGGAGAGGAGGGAGCCGGUCAGGGUCACAAACACUGGGCAGCAGAAAGUGCACACCACAGGUGACGAUAAGGGCCCCUCACCUGAGCACCUGCCCUGAUUAUGGGGUGACACGUGGCGCCCCGCCGGCUGGGAGAUGAGAGACACCAUUUACAAGAGGAAUUGUGCGGCUUCUGGGAAGCUAAAGACUGGAGAUUAAAAGGUACACUUGUGACAGGCGUGUGGGCUUCUGCUUACCUGUGCAGGUGACACAGAGAGGUUCAUGGGCGUGGGAGUGUCAGUGUGGCUGAGGUGGCUGUGUGGUAGUACCAGGUGAGCCACAGCAACAAGGCUGAGAGCCAAUUCAGAGUUUGGUGACCGCCAUCUUCUUUAGGUGACAGACAUACGUUUGCCAUGUUCCAAUGUGGCAGCCUGCCCAUUAUGAUACUUGGACAGGUUGAGUUUAGAUACAAAGACUUUCUAGCACGUUGGGUUUGGAAUUGUGACAAUCUGCUAAGCACAUCUGGGGGCGCCAACCCAACAGGUGACCCCUGCCCUGCACAGCUUGUAUUGUUUUGCAGCUUUGGACCCGUUUUCAGCUGGCACAGCUACCUGGAGCACCUGUAGACACUCCAGUUAAGGUCACUGUGCCGGAUUUGGUCCCACAGAAGGGGUGAGCACUGAAUGUGCCAACAGUAUCACCAUGUGUGCCACCUUCAUGCCAUUCAGAGAGAUUUUUCUGAGCUAAAUGCAGCAUUUGACUUUGCCUCUUCCUCCUUCACAGUUCCAAGGUGGCCAUCUGCUUAAUUGGCGUUUCAUUUUGUUUGUCACCUCACCAUUGGCAACUAACAACCCCAUUGUGGAAAGACUGCCCUCUGUUGGCAGUUGAGAAGGGACGAUUGUCACGCCCUGAGUGAGUGUGACAGAAACUGGUUUAAACAGAAUUUUGACACACGAGAGUUAGCCAUGCCAUCAGUUUGUCACUCGUUUCUUGAGGUGACUGCUAUGCUGUCCUGAUGUCUCGGUCACAUCUGUCGUAAAGGUUGUCCAGGUUUCGGCUUCAGCACUGCGACUCGGUGGUUUGUUCUGGAUCAUCACAAGUCACAUGUAAAGAAGCUCUUCCUGGCUUCAGUUCUGAAUGCACUUAACCGUUUACCUGGCAUGCCAUGAAAGGCGCCUAAUCAGACACACUGCCGCACUCCUGUGGAUGCCCUCCUCGUUUGUCCUGCCCCUUCUUGCCCAUUUUGCACCAGUUUGCAUUUUAAACCAACACGUAAAUUGUAGGCCGUAAUGAGAAGCAGUCGAUCAUCUGGCUGACUGCGCUGCGAUGAUGGGCACCUCUCCAGGCGCCUGUGUUGAGUGUCAGCGGAGUUCACAUGGUGUGGCUUCGCCCCCCAUGACAGCCAUCUGGCAGAGAGUGCCACCUACUGCCACCUGACAGUCUCAUGACAUUACAUUAAGUUUCAGUCCGUUUAAGUGCGCUUUUGUUUUAUUGGAUUUUUGUUUUUUUACACUACUUUGAUUUUUUCCAGUUUUUCUUCAAAUUUAAUCAGUUGAGAGGCAAUGAAUCCCCUAAAGUGGUGGAGAUGUUAGCAGUAAACUGCCAGAGGUUUCAAUUUAAAGUUUAGCUUAGCAGAAACUGAAACAAAGAGGAAAAGUCAGAAUACGACAAAUGGGCCUUCACCAGGGAGCAGCCUACAGCAAUUCAGUUAAAUGAAGCCUUGCCAGCAAUUUGCACAGGUGUCCUGACUUGUGUCGAUUACUUGUGUCUUAAGGCAGAGUUGGAGCAGACGGUGUCACCACACCCUCUGAAGUCCGACUUGCACGGGCAGAGAACAAAUAAAAACAAGUCACGGAAUCACCAGGUGUACAAAAUCGGGUUCCAGUUUUUGAUUCGUCUAAGUAGCCUGCACCUUCUGCUGAUAUCACAGAGUGCCAGUCACUAAAAGCUCGACCUCCCGCUGUUAUUUUAUGAAUCCUUGGACUCGUAAGCAGACCGGCAUCUUGAGAUCUUAAUGUCCGCUCAGGUGUGAUAAGUUCAGACAAGUAAGCCGGACCUCGGCCAUUUAAGGCUUUAUAUGUUAAAAGGAGGAUUUUAGAAAUCCGCCCUAAACUUAACCGGGAGCCAGUGCUAGGACGCGAGGACUGGGGUUAUGUGUUUGUAUUUUCUCGUUCUUGUAAUAAUUCUUGCAGCAGCAUUUUGGAUUAACUGGAGGCUAAUAAAGAACAGUUUGAACACCCAGUGAACACCACAUUGCAGUAGUCAAUCCUAUGAGAAUGAAACAAUUGAAUGAAUUUCUCAGUAUCUUCCAGAUUUGGGAAACCCCUUAAUAUCCCAACAUUUUUAAGAUGGAAGAAACACGUUUUGGUCAAUUUUGUAUUGUGCACUUUAAACGACCUGCUAGAGUCAAAGAUAAUGCAGAGAUUGUGCGCCAGUUCAGUAAAACUAAAGGUGAUUCCAGGUGCUCACAAGACAUUCACUCCCUCCAACAGUGAACUCCUCUGUUUUAUUGGUGCUGUUUAAAGACGAGUUGUGCUCCUCCAUCCACUCCUUCAAUUCACUAACACAUCCAAUUAAAGACAACAUCGGAGAAACUUCAUUUGGUCUAAAAGAAAAGUAGAACUGGGCGUCAUACGCGUACGAGUGAAAAUGAACGUCUAAUGAGAGACCCCAGUGACAGCCUGUAAAGUGACAACAGUGGGGGUCCGAGUCCUGAGCCCUGCGGGACGCCAUAUUGAACUUGUGUGUGUAAUGAUGGGAGUCCUGGCAGCACAUUUCUGUACUUACUGGACACCUCGCGAGCCCAGUGCCGGUGAGCAAUGGUCAAUGGUGUCAAACACUGCACUUCAGUCUUAACAGCGUAAUUACAGGGGGUAUCAGAAUGGUGUUGGUGCCGCCUCUGUACUGUGAAUUUUG